AUGGCUAAGGUCCUUGAUUUACCGGCUAUUCCACCCUUUUCUGUGUCUGAAACGAGUUCGUUGGCACAACGUUGGGACAAAUGGACGAACUCGCUCGAUUACUACGUUCGUGCUUCGGGCAUCUCCGAUCAAAAGCAAAAGCGGGCCAUUCUACUUCAUUUAGCGGGUGCAGAAGUACAAGAAAUCUUCGAGACGUUGCCUGAUACUGGCGAGGAUUACAAAACAGCGCUCGAGAAAUUGAAUGCACAUUUCAACCCGUGUAAAAACAUAGCUUUCGAACGUCAUGUUUUCAGACAAGCAACCCAACGUGCCGACGAGUCCAUGGAUGCUUUUGUAACUCGCUUGAGAACUCUUGCAAAAACGUGCCAGUUCGAUACAAGUUUAGAUGAAAUGAUCCGUGACCAAGUCAUUGAAAAGUGUGCUUCGAACGCUCUUCGGCGUCGCCUACUACGAGAACAAGAACUAACAUUGAACAAUUUAUUAUCGAUUGCUCGUUCAUUCGAACUGGCCGAUCGCCAGGCCUUAGAAAUCGAACAAAAGUUUGAAUCAUCCACUCACCUCAAUUCCAUCGAACGAAAUAGAGAUUUUCAACAACCACGGCGUAAUUCUGCGAAGCGUGAAGACAAUAACAGGCAAACAUGUGUUUGUUAUUGUUGUGGAAACGAAGGGCACCGUGCGAAGGAUGUCCAAUGUCCUGCCCUUGACAAAACCUGCCGACGUUGUGGCAAGUCCGGUCAUUUUGCUAGGGUCUGUCGCCAAAAGACCAACAAACCGAAGCAAUACAGGGAGAAUGCACGACAGCUUGAACAGUUUGACGAUGACUCUUCUGAGAACGAAUGUUUAUUUACUCUCACGGCUCAUAAUGUGCAUCAUCGCUCGGACAGCCUUCGAUCAUAUGUUGGAAAUUGAACACAUUCCAGUGCAAAUGCUUAUUGACUCGGGGGCUAGUGUUAACGUCCUUGAUCUUGAGACAUAUCAUCGUCUAAAAGCGCGAAAAGGAGUCCAGUUAAUGCCUUCUACCCUUCGUGUUUACGCAUACGGUUCUACGACCCCAUUUAAUAUCCUGGGAACAGUCUCCGGUCGGGUAAAAUGCAAUUCUGCAGAAAUCGUGGCAAAGUUCGUAGUGGUACACGACCAACACGCUGGUUGUCUUCUCGGGCGACAAACUGCCACUCAACUGGGACUUUUGCGGGUUGGACCUCAAGUUUCGUCCAUCAAUUGUGCAGUAUCUCCCCAUUCCCUUCGCCAACGGUAUCCCAGUGUCUUUGACGGAGUAGGAAAACUCACCAAUUACCAGCAGAAAAUUUCCAUCAACACCAACAUCAAACCUGUUGCUCAGCCCCCACGUCGAAUUCCCUUCCACGUUCGCAAGCAAGUUUCCGCCAAACUUGAAGAACUCGAAAGGCUGGAUAUAAUCGAGGAGGUCCGUGGCCCAACACCCUGGGUCUCACCCUUGGUGGUCGUACCAAAAUCUAGUGGUGAAAUCCGUGUCUGCGUAGACAUGCGCCAGGUAAAUACGGCUGUAAUACGAGAGCGGUAUCCCAUUUCCACAGUCGAAGAAAGCCUUCAGGAUCUCAAUGGAGCAGCUGUUUUUUCGAAAUUAGACCUGAAGUGGGGCUACCAUCAAAUUGAACUGGACGAGCAAUCCAGAGAAUUGACCACCUUUACUACUCAUGAUGGCUUGUACCGGUAUAAGCGUCUUAUGUUCGGGAUAUCCGCUGCUCCUGAGAUUUAUCAACAUACUAUCCAACAAGUUCUACACGGUCUACCGGGGGUCAAGAACAUCUCGGAUGAUAUAAUUGUUUUCGGCAAGGACAAGUCAGAACAUGACAGAAAUCUGCAUGGAGUACUUUCUCGACUUCAAGAACGGGGACUUCGUUAA